AUGGAUCAUGACUUCAAUACCUCAUCCCUUAACAUACCACCGAUUUCAUAUCCUAAUUUCGUUACCAGUCCCAUCACCUCACCAUGGAUGGACGCCCGAAUAUGGAGUCGAAUCCCACCCCGUUUACUCGACCGAAUCCUCACCUUCCUCCCACCCACCGCCUUCUUUCGCGCCCGAUCCGUUUGCAAGAGAUUCUACGCUCUUCUCUUUUCCCCACCUUUCCUCGAUCUAUACCUUCAAAUCCCCCACCAACUUCACACUUGGUUCAUCUUCUUCAUGCAAAAUGUCCAUAUUACAAAUAUGGCUACUAACAAUACUACUCAUAAACCAACUUUCGAAGCUUAUCUUCUAAACCCUAACGAAGCUUCGUGGCAUCGAGUUCAUUUUCCCUUAAUCCCUCCCGGGUAUUCCCCAUCUGCAUCCUCCGGCGGUUUAAUAUGUUGGGUUUCUAAUGAACCGGGAUCCAAGAGUUUGCUUUUAUCUAACCCGAUCAUAGGUUCAAUCUCUCCUCUUCCACCCACUCUCGCUCCUCGUCUUUUCCCUUCCGUUGGUCUCGCCGUAACUAACUCUUCCGUUGAUGUAACCGUCGCCGGAGACGAUAUGGUGUCUCCUUACGCCGUGAAGAAUUUGAGCUCGGAGAGUUUUCAUUUGGAUAACGGAGGGUUUUAUUCGGUUUGGGGAACCACGUGUUGUUUACCUAGACUUUGUAGUCUUGAAUCCGGUCAAAUGGUGCAUGCUAGGGGUAAAUUUUACUGCAUGAAUUAUAGCCCGUUCAGUGUGUUGGAGUAUGACGUGGCGGCUAAUAAUUGGUCCAAGAUUCAGGCUCCCAUGCGCCGGUUUCUUCGGUCUCCGACGCUUACGGAGAGUAGAGGUCGGUUGUUGCUGGUGGCUGCGGUCGAGAAGAGCAAACUCAACGUUCCUAAAAGUCUCCGAUUGUGGGCCCUACAGGAAUGCGGCGGUGCAUGGGCGGAGGUGGAGAGGAUGCCGCACCAGCUUUACCUUCAAUUUGAAGAGGUGGAAGGUUGUCGAGGAUUUACAUGUAUUGGGCAUGGAGAUUUUGUGUUUAUUAUGAUCAAGCAGCAGGAGAACAGAUCGAGUAGCCAUGGCCAUGGAAACAUUAAUGAUAAUAAAUUAGGGUUGCUGUUUGAUUUUUAUAGGAAGAAUUGGACAUGGAUUGGACCAUGUCCUUAUAUUAUUAAUGAUGAUGGCGGCGAUCGACAAGAACUAGUUGGAUUUGCUUAUGAACCGAGGUUGGCUACACCCACAUCUGGACUUGUUGAUCAUCUUGCAGCUCAGCUAUCAUCAGUCUAG